UUCAUCUUUCACAGAACAAGACCCUUAGCACAAAGUUUUAAUCAUUGUUGUAAGUCUACAAUAUUAUUACCUAUGUUGGAGAAUCUAAAGCAUUGGUAUCGAACUGUACUCGUCAAGAUUUCUCAGAAUCUGACGAAAGAAGAGAGAAAAGAACUCUUAUUUUACUGCAAAGACUAUAUUCCUAAGAGUUUUUCGAGUUUUUCCGCAGGCGUUCAAAUUUUUGAUCGCUUGGAAGACGCAGAAGUGAUUUCGUUGGAGAAACUCAACUUCCUGACGGAGUUCGCCCGCGCAAUAAACAGGCAAGAUCUUGUCACCCAGCUGACUGCAUUUGAAUUGACAAGAGAACUGGUGUUCUACGCUUUGAAAAGGCGAGGUUUUGAGUCGUCUAUGUAUUCGUCGACUGCCAGUGUGGGACUCCAUUUAGCGAAAAUGGUGGAUCUUGUCCAAGAUCGAGCUGAUGUUCCAGCCCAAGGAUUAAUCAAGUCCCUCCUUAAUUCCCAGAUAAAAGCCUCUGAUGUUUUUGACGUCAUCAGCAGUAAAUCUUUGCCUAAUGCCGAUGAGACCAAGCCGAACACCAGAGCCUUGCUCGUCGCCAUUGCUGCUGAGAUUGUCUCGCUGGUGUUUGCUGAGAACCAAAAGCAAGACAAUCGUCAGAAGUUUGCGUUGGACUUCGCCAUCGAGCUGGCUAACCAUUUAUAUCUUAGGGUGGCCAACUUUGGAAGCUGGAAAGACUUUUGCCUAUUUGUUGAAGAACGACACAAUCAGCAUUUCUGCGAGCCUGUCGCUGAACCAGCACGUGACUUGUUAUGGCAGUUGGCGUUGACCGAUCUGGUAGGCACGAUGAAGGAGGUUUACUUCAGUUCCUAAAAAUGGUAGACUCCCAUAACCGAUAAGUAGGUUAUCUAACUUGAUUACGUAGUAUAAUUGUGUCAGAUUUUUAGAAUAGUUUAAGUAAGUAAGUCAGGGGAAAAAUAUAUGGGUAUUAUAUUUCAAUUUAUAUUAGAAUUUGAUAUUGGAAUUUAGGCAAACCAAACUCAUGAAGAUAAGAUGCUUACUAAUAUACCCUUUUUUAGUUUUCUCAAAAAGCGUGGUUAAUUUUUUAGAAAUGUUUGUUAAGAGAAAUUUGAGAAUUCAUCUAUUACACUUAGCCUAAAGCUUGUUUCUGAGAAUUAGAAAUUUAGUUCUAUUCCGUUCAAUUCCAAAACAUAAAUUGAAGAAGCCAGUGAAGAUAUCUCACGGUGAAAAGUGAAAAUAUGUAUCAUUUAUGCCUACGAGAAAUUAAUGGUGGCAAUUUUACGGCAGAUUCUAAAGCAGAUUGACCCAUACGCUUGUCAUGCUUGACCAGGUUUCGAAAGAGAAUAUGCUCCUAUCACAUACCUGGAAAGGUCAUUUUUGGCGCAAUAUGAGUCAUGUUUGAAUGGUCUAAUUUCGUGUGAAGCGAAUCGGCCAAUACGCCCGUCCUGUUUGACCAGAUUUCGAAAGAAUAUGCUCCUAUUUUAUACCUGGAAAGGUUAUGUUUUGGGCAAUACUAGUCUGUUUCAGUGGUCUACCUUCGUGUGAAACGGAUCAGCUAAUACGCUCUUCCUGUUUGACCAAAUUUCGAAAGAAAAUGCUCCUAUUUUAUACCUGGAAUGGUAAUUUUUUGCGCGAUAUGAGUCUGUUUAAAUGGUCUAAUUUCUUGUGAAGCGGAUCGACCAAUACGCUCGUCCUGUUUGACCAGAUUUCGAAAGAAUAUGCUCCCAUUUUAUACCUGAAAAGGUACUUUUUUACGAGAUAUGAGUCUGUUUCAAUGGUCUACUUUCGUGUGAAACGAAUCGGCCAAUACGCUCGUCCUGUUUGACUAGAUUUCGAAAGAAAAUGCUCAUAUUUUAUACCUGGAAAGGUACUUUUUGCGAGAUAUGAGUCUGUUUGAAUGGUCUAAUUUCUUGUGAAGCGGAUCGACCAAUACGCUCGUCCUGUUUGACAAGAUUUUGAAAGGAAAUGCUCCUAUUACAUACCUGGAAAGGUAAUUUUUGGCGUGAUAUGAAUCUGUUUCAAUGGUCUACUUUCAUGUGAAACGGAUUGGCCAAUACGCUCGUCCUGUUUGACCAGAUUUUUAAAGAAAAUACUCCUAUUACAUACCAGACAAGGUAAUUUUUGGCGCGAUAUGAGUCUACCCAAAGAAAAUUUUUGUAUCACUUUCUUGGAAAGGUGAAUGUUUGCGCAACAUAAAAUCAAAGUGGUCUAUCCAAAAGGUACAUACUUCCCUCAUUCAAUGGAAAUGUCUCUUAACUGAAAUGGUUAAGUGGUUACUCCUGAUAUUAAGCUGUACAUGUAUUUUGCUUCGUUCUGAUGACAUUUGUUCUGAUUAUAUUUCAUACCUGCAUGAUCCACAGGCCAUUUGGCCGUGUGUCACAUGGUAACUAAGUACACAAAGACAGUUUAUAAGGAAUUGUUGCUUUGGAAGAUGAAAAUGGCUGCUUAUUUGUGUUGCAACAAAGGCUCGUAUUUUCACAUUUGAGCUGAUGUCUUCUAAAAUUUUGCCGACGUCUCUUUUUACAACGAAUGUGUGCUAGGAUACAGUAGUUGGUAUCAGUGGUACAAUUCAGGAAAGGUCAAGUGACCUCAGUUUAAAAAAAAAAUAGAAAAACCUCUUCGAAGUGUCUCGAAGAUCAGUGAUUGAAUACUGGUCAAGUGACACAUUUUUAAAGACAAUUAGACUGGUUUGAUAUUAGAACUUACAUAAGGUUUUGUAGGUAGAUGUAAAAUCUCUUAAUAAUUUCGUUUUGAUAGCUCUUCAACAAUUACGUGUGUAUGAGCGUUGACUCAUAGGUUAAGUGGGAAAGUGUAUAUUCGGGAAUUUGUUCUCAGAUUACAAAACCUUGAUUACAAAACCUUGAUGAUACUUUUUUUGAUUAAUGAAUGGCUUAAUGUCUGAUAGAUGUUCUCCUUGGUAUUUAGUUAUUUUUCAUGUUGUAAGUUGACAAACGGCUUUAUAUAUAUUAAAGAGUUUGAAUCGAAACUCGGUUUCGCUAACACAGAUCUGGACACUUUCUUGCUCUGAAAUAUUGAAGAAAAUAGAACUGAAAAAAUGAUUGUUAUUAAUUUGUGAAACAUAAGAAUCAGUUGAUUUUCAUUCCAAUUUGAUUUUCAUUUCGCUUUGACGAAGGGCAAACGCUUGAAACAACAGCUUAGAAACUCAUCAAUUUACGGUGACCGACUCAUACUAUCACGAUCUCAGCUGAUAAAACCAAAUUAUGUUUAUUUUCAUUGGUAUGUUAAGACACGAAGAAUAGAAACUAGGGACUUUGAUGAGUAGCUAAUACUGUCAAGGCAAAGUGAAAACGUUAAGAACCGUUGUAUCCUGAUCAUGUUAGCGUUCCGAUGUUUUGUGGGUAAUGGCCGCUUGUCAACUUGCACAUCUUUAGAAUUUAUCAUGAGUUAUAGGGUCAAUAGCUUGUCAGAUGUAGUGAUCUAAAAAUAGGGUGAUUCAAUAAAGUAUGAAAAGUUG